AUGGCCGUGAUUCUCGCUUUGGCUCAAGUGUCGGUGGUUUUCACGCAGGUCCAUUAUGGCUGGGGGACUCGGACAGAGUUAACGGCGGCAGACACAGAUCGAAUGCUUAAGGCCGCAUAUGCCGCCGACAUUCUCUGCAUCGUUGUCCUAGGUCUCUCCAAGAUCACCACCUCGAUGUUUUACGAGGUGCUCUUCUCACAAGUCCGGUGUCUCCUGAUCAAAGCAGUACUCGGGGGAGUGGUCGUCUGGACAUUGGUGGCUAUCAUACUGCUAGCACUUCCCCGGUGGCAAGCCAUCACCGCGAUGGAUAUAAUCAUCGAGAUCCUGCUCUUCCUCUAUUCAGCGCUAGCAAUAUACAAGGUCCGGAUAUCCAGCAAGAAGAAAUUCUUGGUCCUCUGCGUUUUGGGUUGUCGAAUUGUACUCGUGCCCCUCGCAGCCAUCCGUCUCCACUAUACCCAAGCGCAAAUCGAGUCCGACGAUCCAGUCCUCCAGGGAGCCUUUGCCACGGUGACAACCGAGCUAUACCUUGCCAUGAGCGUCGUCUGCUUAGUAUCCGCCUUCCUCAAAUCUUUCAUGGCCGUCUAUGUGGAUGGAAAUGGAUUCGCGUACACAGAGAGCGCGUCUGUGUCGGUUUCAAAGUCGAGGGGACAAGCCUCGGCGGACAGUAUUACUCGCAAGAUCCGUCGCCGGACAUCUGCCGGAGUCAAUCAGUUUAAUGGCUGGGAACUGAUGGAGGAUGCGUCCGCUAAGCAAUCUGGCUUCAAUCAAGGAUGGAAGAUUAUGAAAACUGUGCAGCUUGACAUUCAAGACGAACCUAUAGAGCUUGCGAAUAGCAAGGAGCCUCCACGCGCAGCAGUGUCUGAUAGGACUUGA